CAGAGUUUUGAAGCUGUGAAUCUCUGUGCCACAGGACCUUUCUCUCCCCCCCAGCUGCCAACAUGAUGAAGGAGUGCCUCCAGUUCCUCAUCGAGCCGGCGACAAAAAUCAAGACCCGCCUCAAGGUAGGACCCUCAGACACCUCUCAACUCUCAGACACCUCUCAAUAGUACUGAUAUUUGUCCUUGUCAAGAGAAAGAAAGGAUUGGUUCGUUUCCCAUCUGUGGUUUAUCUGUGUAGUAAUUUUCCCUUCACCUUUCCCCUUCUUUUUCUCUCUCAUCCAUUGCUCUCUCUGUUCUAGGAGUCUCGGAAGAAAGUGCCAAAUGAGAAGAAAGAAUCUUUAGUGGAGAGUCAGCUGUUCAUAAUGGAACUGGCCAGGGAACUCAACAAACUGUGCCAGGUACACACAUCCACAAAGACACACACACACACACAAACACACACAAACAACCACUCUCUCUCUACUAUAUUAUCUUCUCAGAGGUCAAAGGUCCUAGCCCACAUCUGGACCAGUGAAGACAACUGGCCUCCCGGUGUGUGUAGACAAUUCAUAGUAGAGUGGGCUGCCGUGCUAGAGAAGAGAGCCCAGGUGAGCACUGAUGUUUGAAAGCUGUUUGAAAGUUUUACAUUAUAAAGCCUUUUUUUUUUCAUGAAAUAUAUCCUUUGUCAAUGUUUUCUUUGUUGAUAAACUAUUAUUAGACCUUGAUAUGAGACUUGUUAUUGCAGUUUUUACUUCAUGACCUCUUUACGGACUCUUUUGAUUUAGCAGCCAAGGAGCAUGCAGACGGAGCUGCAGGCUGAAUGGCCAGAGAAGAGGGACUGGAAUGGUCACCUGUUGUGUAUGAUGGAGACAGUGGGAGAGUAUGACAUCGGAAGCCACAAACGGGUCAUCAUGGACUGGACACACCAGCUAAGAAACAGACCAGAGGUAAGGAACGUGGGAGGGAUUGAGUCACUAGAGUCAAAUCAAAUCAAAUGUAUUUAUAAAGCCCUUUUUACAUCAGCAGAUCUCACAAAGUGCAUAUACAGAAAUCCAGCCUAAAACCCCAAACAGCAAGCAAUGCAGAUGUAGAAGCACGGUGGCUAGGAAAAACUCCCUAGAAAGGCAGGAACCUAGGAAGAAACCUAGAGAGGAACCAGGCUCUGAUUGGUGGCAAGUCCUCUUCUGGCUGUGCCCGGUAUAAAUAUAACCCCACACACUUUGCCAAAGCACAGCCCCCACACCACUAGAGGGAUAUCAUCAGACUGCCAACUUACUACCCUGAGACAAGUCUGAGUAUAGCCCAUGAAGAUCUCCUCCACCGCACAAGCCCGAGGGGGGCGCAAAACCGGCCAGGAAGAUCAUGUCAGUGACUCAACCCACUCAAGUCAAGUAUAACGAAACAAGCCUGGCACGACGUGAUGCACCCCUCCUAGGGACGGCAUGGAAGAGCCCUAGUAAGCCAGUGACUCAGCCCCCGUAAUAGGGUCAGAGGCAGAGAAUCCCAGUGUCCCAACAUAUCACUAAAGUGGUUUACUACGCUACUACUUAUUGACAAAUUGACAAAGACGCAUUGUUGUCCUUCUUUAUCUAAUUUAUUCUCUGGCACAGCGAGUAGUUUACGGUUAUCAGAGCUGUCGCUAUCUCUUGGCCCUUUUCUUUCUUUCUUUUUUCUUUCUUUCUUUCUUUCUUUCUUUCUUUAUCUCUCUCGCUCUCUCUCCCUCUCCUUCCAUUUCUGCCUCUGUCAGAUUCCAAGGCUGUUACACCUCUUUGAUUAAAGACUUGCUGUUGCUCCAAUUACCCCCCCCCCCCCCCCUCUCUCUCUCUCUCUAUCCCUCUAUCCCUCCGUCUCUGUGAUUAAGGAGCUGCUCUCUGUCCCAGUUCAUCCUCAUCUCUCCCGUGUUGCAUUAGUGUGCAUAUGAAGGACUUAUUAUGUAGCUAUGUAUUCAGAGGGAGACUCCUCCUCCUCCCUCCUACUUCCCUCCUACCUUUCUUCUUUUCAUUUCUUAGUGUAUAAAGUAAAAACCAUAUGGACUUACCUCCCUCUAGCCCAGUAUCUGGCCCGGUGAGGCCGUAUUGAUGACGUUGGAUGAUCUGGAGUUCCAGUGGAGGAGGGGCCGUCUGCCGAACCUUCUCCCAGCCAUGGAGCUGGUCAUGUGGGUCGUGCUGAGUGCAGACAGCCCUGACAAGGUGUGUGUGUUUCUAUGAGUGAACCAACAAAAAUAAUAACACCAUUGCCUUUCUUGAAAUAACACUCGCACUUUUAUUUUCUUACUUGCACUGAAUUUGCUGGUAGCUACUUAUUGAGGAAAAUAUUUGCUUACUACGACUGUGAAAUGCAGUUGUCUUUCUAAGCUAUCUUAAGAUGAAUGCACUACACACUAAAAACAAAUGGCUCUAUAUAGUGCCAAAUAAGGGUUCUUUGACUUGUAACCAUAGCUAUAUGGAAACUUUUUUUGAAUGUUCUAUGAAGAACCAUGCUCAGAAGUUUCUAAAUGGAACCUGUAUGGUGCUAUAAAUAACCCUUUCCUAAGGUUCUAUAAAGAACCUUAAAAAGAAAGUUCUAUAUAGCACCAAAAAAGGGUUCUGCUACGUGUUUUUAUGGUUCUUGAUAUACAGUGGGGGAAAAAAGUAUUUAGUCAGCCACCAAUUGUGCAAGUUCUCCCACUUAAAAAGAUGAGAGAGGCCUGUAAUUUUCAUCAUAGGUACACGUCAACUAUGACAGACAAAAUGAGGGAAAAAAAAUCCAGAAAAUCACAUUGUAGGAUUUUUAAUGAAUUUAUUUGCAAAUUAUGGUGGAAAAUAAGUAUUUGGUCACUUACAAACAAGCAAGAUUUCUGUCUCUCACAGACCUGUAACUUCUUCUUUAAGAGGCUCCUCUGUCCUCCACUCGUUACCUGUAUUAAUGGCACCUGUUUGAUCUUGUUAUCAGUAUAAAAGACACCUGUCCACAACCUCAAACAGUCACACUCCAAACUCCACUAUGGCCAAGACCAAAGAGCUGUCAAAGGACACCAGAAACAAAAUUGUAGAUCUGCACCAGGCUGGGAAGACUGAAUCUGCAAUAGGUAAGCAGCUUGGUUUGAAGAAAUCAACUGUGGGAGCAAUUAUUAGGAAAUGGAAGACAUACAAGACCGCUAAUAAUCUCCCUCGUUCUGGGGCUCCACGCAAGAUCUCACCCCGUGGGUCAAAAUGAUCACAAGAACGGUGAGCAAAAAUCCCAGAACCACACGGGGGGACCUAGUGAAUGACCUGCAGAGAGCUGGGACCAAAGUAACAAAGCCUACCAUCAGUAACACACUACGCCGCCAGGGACUCAAAUCCUGCAGUGCCAGACGUGUCCCCCUGCUUAAGCCAGUACAUGUCCAGGCCCGUCUGAAGUUUGCUAGAGUGCAUUUGGAUGAUCCAGAAGAGGAUUGGGAGAAUGUCAUAUGGUCAGAUGAAACCAAAAUAUAACUUUUAGGUAAAAACUCAACUCGUCGUGUUUGGAGGACAAAGAAUGCUGAGUUGCACCAUACCUACUGUGAAGCAUGGGGGUGGAAACAUCAUGCUUUGGGGCUGUUUUUCUGCAAAGGGACCAGGACGACUGAUCCGUGUAAAGGAAAGAAUGAAUGGGGCCAUGUAUCGUGAGAUUUUGAGUGAAAAUCUCUUCCAUCAGCAAGGGCAUUGAAGAUGAAACGUGGCUGGGUCUUUCAGCAUGACAAUGAUCCUAAACACACCACCCGGGAACGAAGGAGUGGCUUCGUAAGAAGCAUUUCAAGGUCCUGGAGUGGCCUAGCCAGUCUCCAGAUCUCAACCCCAUAGAAAAUCUUUGGAGGGAGUUGAAAGUCCGUGUUGCCCAGCGACAGCCCCAAAACAUCACUGCUCUAGAGGAGAUCUGCAUGGAGGAAUGGGCCAAAAUACCAGCAACAGUGUGUGAAAACCUUGUGAAGACUUACAGAAAACGUUUGACCUGUGUCAUUGCCAACAAAGGGUAUAUAACAAAGUAUUGAGAAACUUUUGUUAUUGACCAAAUACUUAUUUUCCACCAUAAUUUUAAAAUAAAUUAAUUAAAAAUCCUACAAUGUGAUUUUCUGGAUUUUUUUUUCUCAUUUUGUCUGUCAUAGUUGACGUGUACCUAUGAUGAAAAUUACAGGCCUCUCAUCUUUUUAAGUGGGAGAACAUGCACAAUUGGUGGCUGACUAAAUACUUUUUUUCCCCACUGUAACCUUCAUGGAUAAUGGUUCUAUAAAGAACCUUCCUUAAUCUCAAGGUUCUUUGUAGAACCAUACAGGUUUUUUUAAAUUCUGUUUUAAUAGCCAUAUUAUGUUGUUAAUAAGCCAAAGGUUUUUAUUAUUUCAUUUAUUAACAAGUUGAAUCAGGUGUGCCAGCUCUGGAAUAGCUGGGUUCCCGUGAAGAUAAUUGAGAACCACUGACUUAGUCAACCAUUCUCAAUUGAUUCAAGCCAUACAGGAGUCUUUCACAAGACUCUGUCACUGGCCAUAGUCAGACAAAACAUUUGAUAAUGUAACACAACACAUCAGAUAAACUGGAAUGACACUCUCACUCGCGGUUGCACAAAAAGAGCUGUGCACAAACCACUCCUCAAAAUAUUAGAAUGAGCCUCUGCCCCUACAUUUUAAUUAUCACUAAAAGAGGAAAGAACCCUUUUUUGAACUGCAACGAACAUUGAAGGGCUCAAAGGGUUCUUUGAGUCAGUAUGGUUCCACAUAGAACCAUCACCUUUCCAAAGAACCCUUGAGGAACCAUCAUUUUUUAGUGUGUAACUGUAAGUCACUCUGGAUAACAGCAUCUGCUGAAUGACUAAAUUGUUAAUGUAAACUAACUGAUUAAUUAUUCAUCAAUUAAAUCUGCAUGAUUAGAUACACAUCCCGCAGAUAAACUCACUCAAGCCUAUCCUCUGUGUCUGCAGGAGGACGUAACCAAACAGUGGCUGAUCAGAAAACAGAGGAGUCAGAAGAUCGGUGUGUAGAGCUUUGACACAUUGAAGUCAUCAAGAAAGCUUUAGGCCUAGAUUCUAUCAGAUCAAGAGUUAACCGGGGAUGGACGACGCCCGCAUAGCAAGUGUUUUGGCGGCGCCGGAAGUGGAACUGAGUUGGAGCUGUCAUAUCAGUGAGCAGCUGCUCAUGUGGUCGUUGUCAAGAAGCCACACCCAUCCCACUCGCGUUAGACGUUCAGAACGAGAAAGUGUAGGUUACGUAGAAACAAUGGCCAUCAAAAUGAAAUGAAAUACUGAUGACUUCUAGAAGCCUAAUCAAGGUGUAGAUUCCAUUCCAAGUGUUCGAACUUGUAAACACGGCUGCAUGGGAUUUCUAAAUGUGACUCCGUGCAGCCAAUGGCAACGUCGACAAUAGGUAUAAUGGGUGUAUUCGAUUAUGCUGAACCGCGGGGAAGGCCCUUCAUGUCAUUGGGUGAAAGUGGGGAGGGAGGAGCGCCCUUCUCAAAUCGAACUGUUAUCUGUGCCGCUUGGUCAUUUUGUCAACAAGGCAGCAUGGUAGAUUGUCCAGAAACAUACAGUUGAAGUCGGAAGUUUACAUAUACUAAGUUGACUGUGCCUUUAAACAGCUUGGAAAAUUCCAGAAAAUGAUGUCAUGGCUUUAGAAGCUUCUGAUAGGCUAAUUGACAUCUGAGUUUAAAUGUAUUUGGCUAAGGUGUAUGUAAUCUUCCGACUUCAACUGUACAUCUCUUUUUUCAUAAAAUACAUAUUAACAUGUUAUUGUGAUGGGGAAACUAAGCUUCCUGAAGCAUUGAGGUUUUCCAGCCAAUUGUGUCGAAAUUGGUUCAUUAUUCGAGGCUUUGAUAAAACACAGUGUACACUAGUGGCACCUGCUGGUCAAAAUAAUUUAGAGCAGCCAAAUUAUUAUAGACAACGUCCCACACCCCGUAGCGCGUACACAAGGUAGCCUUUUUGUCUUCUACCAAACCAAACCAAUCAGGUGGUUGUUCAACAAAACGAAGCUUCGGACGUCAUUGAUCACGUGCUUCUGAUAAAGUGAUACAGGCAUCGCACGCUGCUUCAAAGUACACUGCUUAGCGAUUUCGACGCAUACCUCAGAGCUCCGGCAUCAAACGUAACAUCACUAGAAUUUUCUAAGUAGUUUGCAUUGGGAAGACAGAUAAAGCGUUUUUAUCAAAAGCAAUCACUUUUGCAUUGAAAAACACGGAAUCCUACUAAUUACUACACGUGCUUAAUUACGUCACUUUUGUUUUGAGCCGACUACGUCGUCGGACAGAGCGGGGCACCUGGCACACGCCCGGGAGGCAAUCAACCUUCACCCGAUACAAAUCACGCCAACACGGGUGCCCAGAUUAAUCGAACCCCCUCAUUACUGGGAGCCACUUCUGGAUUUGACCGCUCUAACGCAGUUCCAGCUCCGACACCGCCAAAACAACAGCUAUGCAGGUGUCGGCUAGCGCAAAUCUGAUUGAAUCUUGCCCUUACACAAGUGUUACAGCAAUCAGUGACAGAGAGCUGUUGGAGAUCACAGGUGUGUCAAUGUGUGACAAUGAGAGCUGAUUAUGCCAAUGAGAGCUGAUUAUGCCACUAAGUAAGAUGACGGGUAAUAUUAAAUCAGUGCUCAAGAGAUCACAUCAGAUUCAUAGAAUUUAUCAUGGACAAAUCAAUCGGUCAGCCUUUGAUUGCCAUUAGGGCGACAUCCCAGCAAACAUGACCCCAUCGGCCCCAUGUGGGUAUUCGCCUGACACAGGCUAGCCAGUGCCUCCAGGAUUUCGCAGGUUUUUUUUGGUGAUAUUUGCUUGCAAAAUUGCUUGAUUUUGCUGCGGCAAUUCUGACAUUUCGCAUGGCAAUAUGCAAUGAUUUUCUCCAAUAUGUCACGACAAGGGAAAAAGUUUUGUUGACGUGUGGCUUGAUUGAACAAUAUUAUGCGGUGAAUGUGCAGUGAUUGGUUGAAAUUGCUAGUCCUCUUUUUGUACUGCAGUGAUGGGUCAGUUUUAUGCGAUAAUAUUACAAUGAUUUGUCUGUUUUAUGCGGAAAUAGUGUGGUGAUUUAUCAAAUUUGCAAGCCCUCGCCUCGCAUAAUAUGCAGGGAAUUGUUGAUUUUGCUAAACGAUUUGCUAUUGCAGAAUCACGGAAUCCUGGAGUGACGGGCACACUAAGCCUACACCAGCCCAACACAGGCUAGGCUACACCAGCCCAACAUAGGCUAGCCCACACCAGCCCAACACAGGCUAGCCCACACCAGCCCAACACAGGCUAGGCUACACCAGCCCAACACAGGCUAGCCCACACCAGCCCAACACAGGCUAGCCCACACCAGCCCAACACAGGCUAGGCUACACCAGCCCAACACAGGCUAGCCCACACCAGCCCAACACAGGCUAGGCCACACCAGCCCAACACAGGCUAGGCUACACCAGCCCAACACAGGCUAGCCCACACCAGCCCAACACAGGCUAGGCUACACCAGCCCAACACAGGCUAGGCUACACCAGCCCAACACAGGCUAGCCCAAGUCCUGCUACUUCACAACGUAGAGGCAGGGGCUUAUUAGAAUAUUUGGGGCAUGGUUUGCACACAUUUAUUUUUGUGCAACCGUUACUGAGAAUGUCGUUCCAGUUUAAGUGUUCUGUUUUGUGAUGCCCAAAUUGUUUUUGGUCUUGUACACUGCCACUGAUGAAGUUUUCAAAAAGACUUAAAUAAGUGCAUGUGACAUAUGUGAAACUAAACAGUUUUUCUUGUAAAAAAUAUACAGUGAGGGGAAAAAAGUAUUUGAUCCCCUGCUAAUUUUGUAUGUUUGCCCACUGACAAAGAAAUUAUCAGUCUAUAAUUUUAAUGUUAGGUUUAUUUGAACAGUGAGAGACAGAAUAACAACAAAAAAAUCCAGAAAAACGCAUGUUAUAAAUUGAUUUGCAUUUUAAUGAGGGAAAUAAGUAUUUGACCCCCUCUCAAUCAGAAAGAUUUCUGGCUCCCAGGUGUAUUUUAUAGAGGUAACGAGCUGAGAUUAGGAGCACACUCUUAAAGGGAGUGCUCCUAAUCUCAGUUUGUUACCUGUAUAAAAGACACCUGUCCACAGAAGCAAUCAAUCAAUCAGAUUCCAAACUCUCCACCAUGGCCAAGACCAAAGAGCUCUCCAAGGAUGUCAGGGAUUAGAUUGUAGACCUACACAAGGCUGGAAUGGGCUACAAGACCAUCGCCAAGCAGCUUGGUGAGAAGGUGACAACAGUUAGUGCGAUUAUUCGCAAAUGGAAGAAAUACAAAAUAACUGUCAAUCUCCCUCGGCCUGGGGCUCCAUGCAAGAUCUCACCUCGUGGAGUUUUAAUGAUCAUGAGAAUGGUGAGGAAUCAGCCCAGAACUACACGGGAGGAUCUCAAGGCAGCUGGGACCAUAGUCACCAAGAAAACAAUUGGUAACACACUACGCCGUGAAGGACUGAAAUCCUGCAGCGCCCGCAAGGUCCCCCUGCUCAAGAAAGCACAUAUACAUGCCCGUCUGAAGUUUGCCAAUGAAAGGUAACAAACUGAGAUUAGGAGCACUCCCUUUAAGAGUGUGCUCCUAAUCUCAGCUCAUUACCUGUAUAAAAGACACCUGGGAGCCAGAAAUCUUUCUGAUUGAGAGGGGGUCAAAUACUUAUUUCCCUCACUGUAUGUAUGAUUGACAACCAAGUGGUUACUUUCUGAUACAAUGUAACACAUUCACUAAAUACCUUUUAAUGCUUCAAAAUGUUAAAAUGUAUGCAUUGAAUUGUAAUAAAUACAUUCCUAUUAAAUAAUAGAUUAAAACAUAUACAUUGGCACAGGGUGUGCAGCCUACAUGGGGCCAUUAUUUUAGCCCACAUUGGGAGCCGACAUCAUGCCAAUGUGGGCAUGUUUUCUGGGAAAAGACAGACGUAUUUCAGGCUAAGUGAGGUUCUGCCCUCACCAGAUAUGUGCUGCCCACGCUGGACCAAUGCCUUGGGGGCCAAUGUGGAGCACGAUGAGCAAAGGCCCAUCAGCCUACUUGGGGCCAAUAUUUUUAGCCCGCAUUGGGCCCACAUUGUGCCCAAUGUGGGCAUGUUUGCUGGGAUGGUUGAUGAAUCACUUGAAGUGCUGCCAAUUGGUAUUGAUGAAACAUUUUAAAGAAGCGGAAUGGACAAUCGUGCCUGAGUACUUGGCGUUUAAGUAACAGAAAAUGGGUUAAGAUUGAACUUUGACAGUAUUUUAACCCCAGUUUUGUUUACACUUUCAGAUGCAGCCUGCUACAUUCCCCACAAUGGUAUGUGAAACUAAUGCUGGACUACAUUUUUAUUGAGGAGUAAAGUAAGCUGUAAAUACAGUCAUCCUUUUUCUUACCCUAACAACAACUUAUUUUCUCAGUAUGGAACUGGAUCUGUGAUGCUGCAGAGGAAGUGACCCUUGACCCCAAGACAGCCAACCCUGACCUCCUCAUCUCUGAUGACGGCCAAGCGCAUGCGCUGUGGCCUGGAGCAGCAAGACAUCCCUAAUUGCAUGCGCCGCUUCGACGGCUGGUGGUUGUGCGCUCUGGGAAACGAGGGCUACAUCUCCGGGCGCCAUUACUGGGAAGUCGAAGUGGGCGACCGGGACUGGCGGCUGGGCGUGGCUAAAGCCUCCGCCCAGAGGAAGGGUUACAGUGCCCUCAACACACAGACGGGCUACCUCACCCUGAGGCUGGAGAGGGGCUCGGACCUCAAGGCCCUGACGGUGCCCUCCACCCCGCUGGCCCCAGAUGCUGGUCCCCAGGAAGGUGGGGGUCUACCUGGACUAUGAGCAGGGCCAGCUCUCCUUCUACGAUGUGGAGAAGAGGUCCCACAUCUACACGUACAACGAGACCUUCACAGAGAGAAUGUUCCCCGUGUUUGGGACUGUAGAGGUGGUGAGGGAUCUGGUGAUCAGGCCGGCACAGACCAGGGAACCCUGCCUCUGCCCUGGACCCUGUCUUUGGUAAUAACGUAUUACAGUGUUCUUCAAACCUGGUCCUGGAGAGCUAGCUUGGAAUCCACACUGAAUAUUGUAAAUGUAGCAAUAUUCAGUGUAAAUUCCAGGCUAGUGGAGUGCAGGCUUUUGUUAUAGUCCAGCACU